AUGGACAGGAAAGUCAGAGCUGUUGACUUCGUCGGGAGUUUCCUUGCUUUGGCUGGAACUACUGUCCUCAUGCUGGGCCUGACCUGGGGUGGCGGAGAUUAUCCUUGGAACUCGCCCCACGUUAUCGCAACUCUCGUUGUAGGUUUCUUCGUCUGUGUUGGCUUCACCCUUUGGCAGUGGAGAGGCGCCAAGUUUCCGUUGGUACCUCUCCACAUUUUCAAGUCUAAGAUAGUCAACGGAGCCUGCAUCACCAUGGCAAUCAACGGAUGGAACUUCGUUGUUCAAGUCUACUAUAUCCCAACCUUUUACCAGCUGGCCUAUGGGUACUCAGCAACCAAGGCUGGUGCAAUGCUUCUUCCCAUCACUCUUACCCAAACACUAUUCAGCACGUUGUCUGGACUUGUGGUACACAAGGUCGGGCGUUACCGAGAGUGCAUCUUGUUAGGCUGGGUACUAUGGGCUGUUGGUGCUGGCCUGUUGUCGACCCUUGAUGAGAACUCCAGCGUGGGAAAGCAGGUAGGGUACUCAUUACUUGUGGGUGCCGGGGUUGGAAAUACACUUCAGCCGUAA